AUGGACCCCAUCUAUAUCCUCUUGCAAAUUCUCUUGGUCUCCCUCACUAUGAACGCCUUGAACUGGUGGAGAAGGAAGCUGAGGUGUAAGAGGAAGGAGGAGAAAGCUGCAGCCAAAGCUCAGCGAAAGGCUGAGCAAGAAUUAAAGCAGCAAAAGGACUCAGCAGGAGGUGAGGAGCAGAGAGCUUCUGAGCAGGUGGCUGAACAAGAGCAGGAGCCAAGGCCGACCCCAGAGGUGCAAGGGGCACAAGAGGAGGCAGCACGGAGGGACCCCAGGGCCACAGAAGAGCUGCAGAAGCAGCAGCAGAAGGAGUGGUGGGCCCCAGAGAACAAGGCCAUCAUGCCUAAGAUGACACCAGGGGAGAUGCUGGAGGACAUGCCACGCUUGGAGCACAGGAGCUCCUCCAGCAGCUGCUCUAGGGCGAAGCAGAUAAAGAACAAGGCAGGGAAGAAGAUAGUGGAGUGGUGGGCUCCAGGGAACGAGGCCAUCAUGGCCAAGAUGAGUGUCCGGGAGAUGCUGGAGAACAUGCCUGCCUUGGACCCCUGGAGCUCCAGCAGCGACUCUGAGGAGCCUGAGCUAAAGAACCAGGCAGGGAAGAAGAUAGUGAAGUGGUGGGCCCCAGGGAACGAGGCCAUCGUGGCCCAGAUGACAACACGGGAGAUGCUGGAGGACGUGCCUGCCUUCGAACCCUGGAGCUCCAGCAGCUCCUCCUCUGAGGAGGAGGCAGCCAGGAACAGGGUAGCAACGAGGAGGAGCCAGGAGCCCAGGACCAUGCCGCGGGUCUCCGCUGCCAAGUCCCCUCAGAGCUCUGCAUCUCCCUCGGGCUCCAAUGUCCAACAGCCUCUCCAGCCUUCGGAGCAACAGAAGGAGCCUGGCAAAGAGCCGAGCCCAGGCGAGGUCCAAGUCCCAGAGCCUGGCACGGAGCAGAGCCAGGAGAGUAGCCAGCAGCCCCAGCAGCCGCAGCAGCCUACGCCUGCAGCCGCCCGGGCGAGUGACGCCGGGGCACAGAGCAGCGCAGAGGAGCCCAGCAGUGCAGGGAGGAAGCCGAGCACGCAGCAAGCUGGGCUCUGGAGCCGCCUGAAGAGCUGCUGCAUUCGCUGCUGGCUCUGCAGAUGCUGCCCCUGGUUGCAGCGCUGCUGCCCCUGCUUGCAGCGCCGCUGCCCCUGUUUGCAGCGGAAGAAGCAGGAGGUCCCCUAG